AUGUCAUAUUUAACUUUUGAUGAUUGUCACGAUUCUUUUUCUCCCUUUCUUUCCCCACAAUUUUCCCUUACUUUUUCUUCUUUUCUUUCUCACAAUUUUCUUUUUGUGUUUUCUUUCUUUCUUUUCUUCAGUUUUCUGUUUUUUCUUUCUCCCAAUUUUCUUUCCUUUUUUCUUUCUUUUUCCCAGUUUUCCUUUUUUCCUUUUCAUACAAUCUUCUUUCCUUCUUCAAAUUUCUUUCUUUCUUUCUUUUUCUCAAUUUUCCCUCUCCUUCCUUUCUCCCAAUUUUCUUUCUUUUUGCUUUCUUUUCCCCACUUCCCCUUCUCCUCCUUUCACCCAGUUCCUUUUCUUUGUUUAAAUUUCUUUCCUUUUUUUUAUUUCCAAUUUUCACUUAAAUUUUUCUUCCUUUUUCUCACAAUUUUUCUUUCUUUCUUUCUUUCUUUCUUUCUUUCUUUCUUUCUUUCUUUCUUUCUUUCUUUCUUUUGUCUUUCUUUCCUUCUUUCUUUCUUUCUUUCCCACUUUUUCUUCCCUUCUUUCUCCCAAUUUCUUUGUUUGUUUCUUUCUUUCUUUUUCUUUCUUUCUUUCUUUCUUUCUUUCUUUCUUUCUAAUUUUCACUUAAUUUUUUUUUCCUUUCUUUCUCACAAUUUCUUUCUUUCUUUUUCUCACAAUUUCUUUCUUUCUUUCUUUCUUUCUUUCUUUCUUUUUCUUUCUUUCUUUCCAAUUUUCGCUUAA